AUGACGCUACCAGUGUCAAGCUAUGAAGCUCUCCUCGUACAAGUACGUGAACUGACACAUGAAACUAUUCUCCUUCAACAGCAACUUUCAGCCGAUCUAUUCGAUAACCUCGAUCCAACAGACAUCAAUCACAAUGUGCCGCAGUUGUAUAAGAAUCACGGGAAUGACGAAUUAUUGAGUGAUCAUGUGAUACGUUGUGACAGGAGUCGACUAUUUGGGAGUGGACAGCCGGCGCUCAACGAUAGAAAUUGCUUCAUUUUCCACCCUCGUUCAAUGCUUCUCGAUAAUGGACCAGAAGCUCUCGACACCGAUGAAUUAACAGCAAAAUUGAUCACCUGGCGGGAUUCACUUGAAAAUCAAGACAAUCAGGAGGAAACGCCGUUGCGUCGAGGAAAACAGCACCAGUCGGGUGCGCUCCACCCGGAUAAGCCGGACUUACCGGUGUACCCACGUUUCUCCAGCAGUAUCACAUCGACAUAUCAAUUGGGUACAGAGGAGGCCCAGAAUUCACCCCUGACAGCGACCAAUUUCUCCACAACUUCGAUACGAUGCAAGUACAGAGAGGGCAAUAAUGUCAUGGAUUCCACGGGACAAGAGGCCAGCCAGAAGACCGAGAUCUAUUCGCAACCGGGCAGAUGCUACGAGGAGGAAGGUAGCAGUGAGGAUGACUUUAAGGGAGAUGAGACCACUGAGGGGCAUAGGCUGUCUUCCCUGUACCAUGGAACUUGGCCUGUCAAGCAUAACACAUGGACUGGUCAAGGAUUUUCUGGGCAAUCAGCGAGUAACAGUCAUGAAAUGGCGAGUGUGAUGAGUUUCUCCUCCGGCAGUGGCUGCUCGGUAGGUCUCCAGGGCCACCGUCGUCUCGGUGCCAAGGUGGACGUGGUCUACAGCCUGCUGGGGAUGCUGGGGAGCACCGAGGGUCGCGAGGACAUGUCAGGCACGCUCUUGGCCAUGAGCAACUCCCUAGACAGCUGCCUAGUAAUGCGCCAGUCUGGCUGUCUCCCCCUGCUGGUCCAGCUGAUCCACGCCCCCGGGCAAGACCCAGAGACCCGCGAGCGCGCCUCACGAGCCCUCCACAACGUGAUCCACGCAAGAACCGACGAGAAGGUAGGCAGACGCGAGGCCCGAGUCCUCCGUCUGCUGGAGCAGGUGAGGGACUACUGCCAAGUCCUCAGAACAUCCCUGGAAACCGAGCGACCCCCAGACGACCUUGAGCGACACCCAGGCCCGACAAUAGCAGCCCUGAUGAAGCUCUCGUUCGACGAGGCCCACAGACACGCCAUGUGCCAGCUCGGUGGUCUCCACGCAGUGGCUGAGCUCAUAGAAAUGGAUCACGCAGCUCAUGGCACCGACUCCGACGACCAGAGCUGCAUAACCCUGAGGAGAUACGCCGGAAUGGCCCUGACGAACCUGACCUUCGGUGAUGGCAACAACAAGGCCCUGCUGUGCUCAUUCAGGGAAUUUAUGAAGGCACUCGUCACCCAGCUGAGGAGUCUCAGCGACGACUUGCGUCAAGUGACAGCCAGUGUCCUCAGGAAUUUAUCGUGGCGAGCAGACUCCAGCAGCAAGCAGACACUGCGCGAAGUCGGCGCUGUGAUUGGACUGAUGAAGGCUGCCAUGGAGGGGAGAAAGGAGUCAACGUUGAAGUCAAUUUUAUCAGCCCUCUGGAACCUCUCAGCCCACUGCAGCACGAAUAAAGUGGACAUUUGUGGGGUCGAGGGGGCACUGGCAUUUCUCGUUGACAUGCUGAGCUACAAGGCCCCCUCGAAGACACUUGCAAUCGUCGAGAAUGCUGGGGGAAUACUGAGGAAUGUGUCCAGUCACAUCGCAGUGAGGGAGGACUAUCGAGUCAUUGUGAGGGAGCGUGGCUGUCUCCAGGUGCUCCUACGACAGCUGAGAUCGCCCAGUUUGACUGUUGUCAGCAAUGCUUGUGGGGCACUCUGGAAUCUAUCAGCAAGGUGUCCUCACGAUCAGCGACUGCUGUGGGACCUGGGGGCCGUUCCAAUGCUGAGAAGUCUCGUUCACUCCAAGCACAAGAUGAUCUCCAUGGGCUCGUCAGCAGCUCUGAAGAACCUGCUGAGCGCUCGGCCUGGGGGCAGCAAUCUCGUGCAUCUUGAUUCGACUGCUCGUGGACUGGGAUUGCCUACUCUGCCGACUUUAAAUGCCAGGAGGCAGCGAGCACUGGAACAGGAGAUCGAUCAGAAUCUCUCGGAGACGUGCGAGAACAUCGAGCCCAGCACCUCGCCAACGACUAAAGACGACAAGUUCUCGUUUAAAGAGGCCAAUGUUGCUGAUGGCAAGAGGAUCUAUGCCACUGGCUCUUGCAGGUACAAUGGAGUGCCUCGCAGUGAGAGCAGAGAGUCCAUGAGGUCUGUCACAAGCACACACUCAGACACCAUUUUUGAGAGAGUUAAUCGUCAUGUGAAUGGGUUUACUCCGAGUGAACUGCAGAUUAAACAGCAGUCAGCGUCCCUUCAUGCGGCGACUGGAUUCAGCGGCCAGGGGACGAGGGAUGGCCACAGCAAGACGAGUCAGUUGGAGAAGAAGUACGCUUUGAAGUACAAGAAUUCAAUUCCUGAACGUCUGAGGCCAACUGAUCUGGGCAUCAGUUCGACGAUUUCCUGGGCCACUGGACCUGAUCAGAACUCGACAUGUUCAUUCCUGAGGACUUCUAUUGAGAAGAAAUUGUCAAGUAGUUCGGCUGGGGCCAAAGUUAAGACGCCGAGCCCAGUAUCUCCAGUUGGUGCUGGGAAUUUCACUGGCAACUGCAGUUUCGAGGUGGGAGGAUUCAUCAGCAAGCCCAUUAUCUCACCCACUUCGUCUCACACCUCUGAGGGAGAUCCUUUCGGGAAUUAUGCUGAGACUGAUCUUGAUCAACCGACAAACUACAGUCUUCGGUAUGCUGAGAGAAAUUCGGAUGAGGAUGAGAAGCAGAGCUCUGGGUACUUUGCUGGGAGUGAACAGGAUAUUGAAGAUACUGUUAAGACGUACUGCACUGAAGGCACACCGUAUGGAACGUCUCUGAAUUCGUCGAGGGCUGCGUCGCACUCUGAUCUUCAGGAUGAUGGGAAAAUCAAACAGUUUAAUCUGGAGAAGGACUCGUCGUUGAGGGUUUAUCCUAGAGUCAGGGGCUGUGCGGAGAGAGCUGAGAAGAGUCUGGCGCAAACGACCUCGAAACCUCUGAGUCUGCCUGAAAGCUCGGUGGAAGCUCAUUCAGACAUCGAUUCAGGUGUUCCAGUGGAGGAAGACGAGAGCGAGCCACCGGAGGACGCAAUAAUCGUCGAGUCAACGAUCACCCGCUUGACGUCCCUCGUAGUCGACGAUGAGUCCAAGGUUCCCACCGAGAAAAAGCCCCGAGACAAACCGAAUAAACGUCUGACCAUUGGAGAGCCCGAGAGCCUGACCGAAUCAAUGGCGAGUGAUGGUGACGACGACGACGAGGACCUGUUGGCAGCCUGCAUUCACGUCGGAAUGCAGAACAACCGUCACCGGCAAUCAUUUCGCAGGAACAGCCUCGAGAAAGCCUCCCGAGAAUCCAAUCUCAUCAGAUACCAAACGAGUGCUGUUCUCCAUCAAGUCGACGACAGCAGAUUGUCGGAGGCCAGCACCGAGGAUUCAACAAUUCAAACAAUCUCCAACACCAGUGAGACCCGCACAGACCAGAUAAAAUCAGAUAAUCCAUCGCUGGAGACGAUGGACCCAGAGAGCAUUGACUCCUACGAUUCAGUGGAGCGAUCAGAGCAGGUGCUCCUGGAAUUUUGCAUAAAGUCAAGUCCAGGAAACGUCGAGACAAUAGGCCUGAGCGAGCCAUCCUCCCCGAGCGACGCAGCAGAGGCGGUUCAGCCCGACGGAAGUGCAGUGUCAAGAGCAAAGAGACAUCCCCCAGCAGAAGUUCCCCUGGAGGACGUCCACGAGGAAUAUCGAAGACAGCGUGAUCCAGACGCGAUGAUAGCCUCACUGGACAGACUGACAGCGACCCUGGUCCAGCAGACAGAAGCCAUGAGGGAGAGGGACUCAUCAGCGAUGAAGCAGAGCAUCCAGAGUGACACAUGGAACGAGGACUCACCGAAUGACAAUUCAUUCCCAACGAUCAGCAUGAGUGUGCCUCUAGUGGCCUCCUUCAAGAGUGACACCGAAGACGAUAAGGACACUCAGACCCUAUCCAAGAAUUCACUCAUCGACCCCUGCAACAUGACGACAUCGAGGAUAAUCGAGCAAGAGGCCUUCAAACUCGCUGAGGCUGUCAACGCAGAAUUUCGAGUGUUGAGCCUGACGAGUCACGAUCUGGAGGCCAUAAAGCCGCCCUCAACGAUGAACAGCUUGAUAUCGCUGACCAGUAGCUACGCUGGCCCUGAAAUUCUGGAUAAUCCAAGCACUCGUGACGCCUGUCAGUCGAGCUCCCUGCCCACAGCUGUCUUCAAGCCUCGAGGGGGGAGAAAAAAAUCAUUACCAAUUGGUAUAGUAGCUCGACGAGCCCUGGGCCAGGGACAGAGUCAAACUGGCAGCCUCGAGAGCCUCCUCAACGACAGCACAGGCUCGCAACUGGAGAAUGUCAAGCCACCAUCGAUGAUGGACGAACUUCUAGACACUGGGGACAUGGAGAACAGCAUGCUCAGUGUUGCUAGCAUAACAUCGGAGAUCGCUGACUCGAGGGAUCAGGACUCCAACAGUUUAACGAGCAGUGAUCCUGUCUUCGAUCUCAUAAAACCAGUCGCCAAUGUUCUGUCCAUGACUUGCCUCAAGUAUGCUGAGAACAGCGCCAAUAACAGCUUGUCUGAGUACCUUGAGAACAUAAAUCCACCUUCAUUGUUCAACGAGAUCAGCGAGAUUGACGACACAACGAUCGACGCUAACACUGACACAAUGUGCAGUGACACACUUUGCAUUGACGUUGAAUUAAAAACUGAGGAGAUCUCGGGAAUUGAGAGGAUUGAGGAAGUCGAUAAUGACACUGACGAGGCUGCCACCCCCAUAUCCACGGAGUACAGCCUCAGCAGUUCAGCUGAGUCCACCCCGAAGAAAAGAUUGAACAGUAAAAAUCACUUGACACCCAAGCAGAAGCGACAAUUGGCGAAGGAAAGGUACAAGACUUACACGAUUGCUGCUGAGCUGGUGAAGAAGGAGGAGGAGGAGCGGAGGAAGCAUCAGGGGGACAAUAAUUCCGUGAGUCGACCCAAAUUGUCCCCAUUCUCGAAGCUGACGCCCAAGCAGAGGAGACAGGAGGAUCGAGCCAGGUUCCAGACUCAAGUCCUUGGCGCCCCAUUGGCAGCUGUAAAUCAGCCGAGCGAGGGGGAGGAUCAGGGGAGGAGUAUUGAUACAGCAACGGUUACUCUGAAGACUGGAAUCCCUUCGUUGAGGAGUUUUUCCGGCUGCAAGACGAAGAAAAAUCGAGAGGACAACAGGGGCCGGUACAGAACGAGAACUCUGGAGGAUUCAGACUCCCAACAGGAUCAGGGCAGCCACAGCACUGAGUCCAGGGAGGGAACGUCCGAAGAAAUGCAGACAAUGUUGGAGCAAAAUGCCAAUAUUGUCCUCCACACCCUCAGCGAAACGAAAACCGAGGAAUCCCUCCUGGAUAUCGAGACAAUUAGCCUAGUGUCUCACGCCUCUGGUGCUGAAAUAAGUCUCAGGAUGCGACUGGGUGACGGUGCGGAGACGAAAUUCUCGACUUUCGUGAAGAAGAAGAGUCCUCAGGCCCAGCAGGAGACCUGGCAGGCUGUGGACGAGCCUCAAGCCCCUGAGCCUCAGCCAGACGAGCAGGAGCACUCGUCAGAGGGCAGUGACUCCGAGAGUGAAAAUGGUACGUCACCGGUGAAACAGCAGCCAAAACGCCCUCGAAUCAUCAAGCCAGGGAGUCGUGAGCCCUGUGGAGAUGCCAAUGACGGGGAAAAGGAGCCUGCGAGCCCGAAGGGCAUCAGGGGCAGGCGAAAAGCCCUUUACUCAAAGCCAGGGAUCAAUAAAAAAGUCACUCCACAGUCGUCUCCAGUGAAGCAAGGCUCCAGUGGCAUUCCCAUCGGUCGCAGCAAUCCCUCAACUGUCGUUCGUGCCACCAGGGCGACAACACUGCGACAGACCACGAACACAAACUCGAAAACCCCAGGGGCUCAGAAGAAUUCUGCGAGUAAGGCAGUGGCCUUGUCGAAACGAAGCUCCAUUCCCCAACGGGGGCCCUCGUCUGCCCCUGAGGAGACAGUGAAACGUCACAGCACCCCCCCAAGCUGUCUGUCCAGUCCGGGGAGGAAGGCUGAAGUGAUAAAGCCACUGGAGCGACAGGGAACGUUCACCAAGGACGAGCCUGAGAUGGAGAACACACCGAUGGUCACCAACUCCCCCAGUAAAUCAAAAAUAGCUAAGCCAGCCAGGUCGCCUGCACAUGUCCCAGCAAAGUCCAAAAUUUUGGUGAGAAACUUUCAGUCCAAAUUGACAAAGUGCUCAAGCGCUGAUGGAAUACCCAGCCAAAAGGCUGGGGCGAGUAAACGUCAGGUGGAGGGUGGGAAAAAUUUUGAUCAAGGGAACGCACAAGGGAAGAAACUGGGACAGAGGUCCAACAGCAACUCCAGCAUUGUUUCGCAGGCGUCGGCUGGGGGGUCGCAGAAGCUGACGAAGGAGGCCACUAGCAAAAUAGCGAGUCUGUGGAAGAAGGUGGAGGAGAGCAGAAGUAGGCAGAAGUUUGAGAAGCCAGACACCAGGCAGUGGAUCACUGCUGAGGGUCUGAAGGGGGAGGGGGAGAGUGUUGUUCAUCAACUUCCAGCGCUGAGGCUGUUUCGUAGCUCGACGUUUGAGGGUGUGCCAAAGGAAACGGGGAUCAGAAUGCCACUUAAGCUGGGAAAGGUGGCGGAGAGACAGCUGGGGAAUGGUUACAGAAAUUCUUGUGAUUUGACGGAAAUCAAUGCCAAUGAGUCGUCCAGCAGAAUUCCAAAGUUUGGGGAUAAAAUUGAGGGGAGAGGAGUGUCGGGGGCUGUUGUGCUGAGGAAGCAGAAGAGUGAGGGGGCGGAUUGUGAUGCCAAGAGGAUAUCGCGACUGGGGUCUUUCUUCAGGGUAGAUUCCGAACAUCAGGGGGGAAUGGCUGAGAAGGCGGGCGUUGGGAGUGCAGCUAUGGACAACUACAGUCUCAGGUGCGAUGGGAGGGGACUGGGUGACAGGGAGUGCUCAAAUGGCAUCGCCACUGCGUCGUCCAAAGUCACAAGUGUUUGAAGGUUUUUUUCUUUUCGUUGGGUAUGAGGAUUUUUCGUGGGGGUUUUGCCUGGAAAAUUGUUGGAUUUCUGGGGGGUCUGCGGGGGCUGUUUGUUUUUAGAUUUGGCGAGGGAAAUGGUCAGUACAGAAUAUUUUGUGGAAAUAAUGGCGGUAGUGGUAGCGAAUUAAUUAACAUUUAGCAGCGAUUUUUAUUUCUUGGGUUUGGUUUGUUGAUUGAAAUUUUUUUUAAGAUUGUUUCGAGAUGAAAAAUCUUGAAAUAAGAGUCUUUGGAAACGUUGAUUUGAAUUUUUUCGAAAAACUUUCGGUGAUUCGAAUUGAUGAUUUCGGAAAUUUGGGUUUUUCAUGCCUCAACUAAAAAUCGGAAUUUGACACUCGAAAGUUUUAAUUGAGACUUUACUCCUGAAAUUUAAUUGAAAAAUCUAGUGCUGUAUGUGAGAAAUUUGACUGAAUUUUUAUUGGAACUCUAU